AUGGUGUCAAAGGGAAUUCUGCUCACCAUUUGCGUUGUCUACCUGGCAACACUAGUGGUAGGGAACGGAGAUUUAACAAUCGGUACUACAGCGUUCGCCCAAAACAUAUACCAUAAGAUUCACAGCAAACCGGCUUUGCCUAUAAUAAGAAGGAGUGAAGAAAUAAAAGUACGGGCACCAAACAAUGGACUCAUUAAAGGGGUGGUUAUAAAAGAUCUUAAAGGCAACGGCGAGAGUCAUAUCAGAAGUGGCGGAUUAAAUAAAAACAGUGUCACAAUAAAAUUGGAAAGCAAAGGUGGUCAUGGAUAUGAAUUCUCUGUCGAUGUUUAUGCGUAA